UUUUAGGGGACUCAUCGAUGGGAGCGGCGUGAAGGAGGCGAUGAGGUGCAAUGCGUGCUGGAAGGAGCUGGAAGGGCGCGCCGUAGCCACUGUCUGUGGCCACAUUUUCUGCAACGAGGAUGCCGCCAAGAUUCUCACUUGCGACUCAACAUGUCCUCUGUGCGAGCAGAUCUUGUCCAAGAGCAACAUGAAGUCCCUCGACUUGAAUCCAAACGACGACUGGACUAAUAUGAUCAUGGCCGGAGUACCGCCUCACUGCAUCAUGAAGAGCGCGUUCAAGGGUGUCAUCUUCUGGAUCGGGCAGAAAGACGUGGAAUCGCAGCUCACAGUGAAUCGGGCAACGCAAUGGAAGCAGAAGUGCAAAGAAAUGGAAGCGACCUUUAUGCAGAAGAUGUCCGAGUUCCAGGGAGCUUACCAAAAGGCCGUCAAGAGAGUCCAGGCGCUGGAAGCCGAGCGAGACAGCCUGCUCAAAGACAAGAGCGAACUGGAGGAGAAGUACUCGGAGAAGUCACGGCAGAAGAGGAAGCUGGAGGAAAUGUACGACUCUCUUCGUACCGAGUACGAGAAAACGAAGAUGAAUGCUUCACGGCCGCCUCCAGCACGUAUGGGAAGCCCGAACGGGAUAGCCGACUCUGAUCUCUGGCAGUCGAGGCCUGCUCAAAAAGCCGGGGCAUUCCACCAUCAAUCGCUGCUUCCUCCGACGAGAAGACCGGCACCAGCUCCUGCUCCAAUGCUAACGAACAGGCAGCGUCAGACCUCUCCAUUCAAGUCGGCGGACUCGGACAUGUUUGCGCCACCGCCACCUGCCAGGAACACCUCGAAUGCGCUGCGAAAUCUGCUGCUCUCGCCACUCAAGAGGCCAAUAUCGAGACUUGGAGCACCCGGACUGAGCUCUUGAGCUGGACGGAGGAGGCGCGAUCGAAUCAAAAAGCUCAAAUUCUACUUCGUGUAAGCACGUCAUUUGUUUCUGUACAGUUCUUUUUUCUCGCGUUUAAAUUGUCAGCUGACAGCGACUUUGAGA